AUGAGUGAGCUCGAGAACACGAGAGAGCAAAUAAAUCAGAUUGAGAAAAUGAUAAUAGAAGAGACGGACGAAGCGAACCGACUGGAACUAGAGCAGACGAAAGCGGAUCUAGAGGAACUGCUCCAGCUGCUCCAGGAGCAAGAAGAAGAGACGGAGGAUGGAGAAGAAGAAAAAGGGGAUUCGACCGGUCAGUGCUCCGUGAGCAUUGGCCAUCUCAACGGUUCUUUGCAGACGAACUGCUCGGUUCCCGCUGUCUUGCCCCAUUCGAUUCGGACCGCUCCCUCUCCCUGCACACCGCCAUCAUCAUGGAAAUCGAGAGCUCGAUCCGGGUGCGCGUGCUCUUUUCCCAUCCGACGUGCUUCGCAAUGAAAGCCUGCUCGCACUUCCUCUCUUCCACGUGUCGAUUCGGUUCCGACUGCCGAUUUAGUCACGGAUAUUCAGUGGAAUUGAACAGAAUACGGGACUAUGAAGAGCCGAACUAUUCAUCGAUUGAAAAAGAUGGAUUAGUGCUGACGAAAAGAGCGUCGGAAUUGUGGGAAAUGGGAAGAAUAAGUGCCGUUGACGGACAGAACGUGGCUGUGAAACUGCUGAAAAACGGGACGGAAGUGUCGGCGAAACGGAAAGAUUUGGUGCCGAUCGGUGAGGAAGAAGAAGAGGAGAAGAAAGACGAAUCGUGGGAUGAACUGAAAGGAGAGACGCUGGGAAGAGUGUCAGUCGGAGAAACGGGACAAUGGAACGGCGGAGGCGUCGGAAUGAAGUUAAUGAUGAAAAUGGGAUACAAAGUGGGAGAAGGACUCGGGAAGAAGAGCGACGGAAUUGUCCACGCCAUACAGGCGAGAGUGUGCUCCAAAAGUGGGUCAAGGGAAAAAGAACAAACUGAAGACAGUUUCAACUUUCAGAUGCGUCGUUGGAUGAAGUGAUGAAUAGAAAAAGAAAAGUUAUCGAUGGGAAAGAACAACCGAAGCCGAAACGAAUCAAGAAAUUAGUGACGUCAGACGAAUCGGAGAUGGACAUUUUUGCUUUUAUCAACAGAAAACUCGAGGUUCCUUCAUGAAUUUUGGAAUUCAAUCCUCCAAUAAAAGUAUUUCCAGGGGAAAAGAGAGAGAUCGUUGGCAGAUGUGCGAAAAGAAAAACAAGAAUUGGCGGAUUGCUCUUCAAAGUCUCUGGGAGUCAAAGAUUUAGACCUCGACCUGGAAUUGAAAUCGUUGAGAGCGAAACAUAAAAAAUUGAAGGAAGGCAUUCGAAGGAAUCAGAGCGACAAAAGCACCGUCUCGAAAAUGACCGCUUCAUUACGAGACAUCGACACGAAAAUUGCGAAUGUCGAAAGAAAGAAGAAUAACGUUCAAAGUGAAGUGAACUCAAGAAAUUCAAAACGGAAAUACAUAUUUUGA